AUCUUUUUGUGAUAUGCGAUGAUCAGGCCAUUUUUAAAUUGCAGAUGUUCAUUUUUUAGCGUUUCUCUCUUGUUGCCCGUUGGCUUUAGCCUGGGAGGCCAUUCUUUCACUUGUUCUUGUAACUUGCUUUGUUGAAGCGUGCCAUUUUGCUUCACAAUAAACUUUUACUUGUCAACUUCCUUUGCCGAUUGCAACGUUGAUUGAAAUAAAGUGAUUUCUUCUUCACUGAAUUCUGAAUGCAAGAACAAGUUUUAUUUAUUCAUAGCCUGUUCUUUAGCAGCAUGACCAUGUUGUUAGGUGUAUUUCAAAGUCGCGGUGAACACAGUGGACUCAAUUUUCUCCUGUGGCUUGUGGAGAUUAACCUUGGGCAGAACCGCUGAGGCAGCUGACCAGUGUUUAGGCCUUGCUACUUGCGUAGGCCAAAAGAUUACCAAUAUUCUUGCUUGAUGACAUACGUUUAAUAGUGGAAGCUCAAACAAUUUGAACGCAAUGUUGAGGAUCACGGGGUGGACUUAUUGCGUCUGGUUUCUAUUGCUGCACAUCUCUGUAUUGCUACAUAUAUCAGUCGUUGAAUCUGUCAGCAAUGCUCACUGUAUUGCAGCCAAUAACCGAAUAAAAGCAAUGAGGACUGGAAUGGCAGCUGCUAAACCUGACUAUUGGACUCGUCUUAACGAAGACCCAGUUUGUGUACAUCCUAAAUAUGAAACACCAGGAAGAUUUCAAAGUCCGUACGACGGCUUCAUUGGAGGUAUCAAACUGGUGCAUAUUUAUGGCAGGGUCACUUGCAACAAGCUUUAUCGUCACUAUGAAAACUUCUGGGGCUGCAAUAGAGAUUUGCUAAAGCCACUUGGGAUUUUUAUCACAGACUUGCACAAGAGGAUCUUAUUUAAUCGCACUGGCAGCGACCCCCCUGGCAAUGUUCAACUGCCUUGGUAUUCGUCCAGUCUCUUCGAUGGUGCAUCAUCCGAGCUCAUAUUCAACCGCAUGAAUGAUCCACUCUACGUCAACCAGGAUUUCAAGUUGUUUGCUUGGUACGGCGAAGACCUGAUUAAUAAAGAUGAACGCGAGAAUGACGGCCAAACUUGUGUUGAUGUGUAUGCUCAUUUUGUAUAGGUGAAUCGCCCCGCAUCCUAUUAUUAAACUAACUUAAGCUUUCUAAGCUUUUUUAAUUUCAAGAUGCUAGUUAUUCUAUAAUAUUUUCUUGUUAUGACCGCUCCAGCUCUUGUCCCCCUAAAAUGUGUCUUGUAAGUAAAACACUCUAGUGGAAGCAGUACUUUUUUACUAAACUUUAAAAAUGCCCAAGUUUUAAAAAGGGACUACAGGGUGUUGGGAUUUUUCAAUAGUAAAGGUCUCUGUGGGUGUGCCGUGAGCAAGGGUAUCCUUUUUAGAACCUUUUUCUAGCCAAGGCUAUACUCUUUUGCAACUUUGAUCAAGCCAAGGUCUAGCCAAAGGUAUUUGAAAUUUUUGGCCUGGGAAGCGGCCAUUGAAAGUAGGAAUUUCUUCCCGACAAUCUAUUUUUGUUGGUGAUAAACUAGUAAAUGAAACCAAUCGACCUUUGACAUUUCUAAGUUGAAACCAACAAUUUCGAAGUAGCCCCCCCCCCCCUCAUGAAAGGGACUGCCUUGGAAUUUGUUAAGGCUGCUGCUGGUUGUUGAGGCUCAUUUUCAUUCUUUAAAGACACAGGAGGCUCGUGUUUUGUUGCUUCUCUGAGCUUGAGAUCUUACUACAUAUCUUUUAUGUUAGAUAGCGGAAGUUUUUUGCCUUUUUAAGGUCGUAAGAAAUAUAGCUUAUGAUGCCAUGGAGAUCUUGAACUUAGAUUAUCUAAGUCUAAUGCUUAAAUCAGAUCCUUAACAAUAUGUUUCAAAUUAUUUUGUUAUCAAGACAAGUAUUGUCUAGAACCUGAAUAAAGCUUUUUCUACUUGAAAACUAAAAUCUUGAGCCUCACAUGAAUAGCAUUUAUAUAUUACAGUAACAUAUUUUAUAAAAGUC